GUCUCAAUGAACUGUCAUUGUUUUGCUCGCAGUUCAAUCGUGUCAGCUGCAAUUUUGGAGCUUAUCGUACGAUUUUCUUUCGGAGAUUUUUGUGAUUAGUUGUUGCAGUACGACCAAUCUGGACACUGAGGACAACUGGUGUACAUUCGAAUACCGGCACGGCUUUUUGGGUGCUCAUCAUGUGGUAAUGGCCAAAUUCAUCGGAGCGUUCGACCAAAAGGAGCCACCACCAUGGCAAAAUUGCUGCUACUGUAGCGCUUCCUUGUCGUUGUCUUCACCCACUCCAACGUCGUCCUCCACGACAUCAAAUCCCCGUCAGCAGCAACAGCAGCAGCAGAACCAAUUGCUCGCCUUCAAAACACCAACCGAUUUUGUGAGGCACCUCCGGCAGUACCAUUGCACCAUUGAGGGAGGCUCGUUUGUGUGUCGCUAUGGGUAUAACGGCGUUUGUUCGUCAUUGCCACUCGAUGGGGUCAGUGAUAAGGAUUACGAAAUGCACGUUAACCGAUGUCACGUGAAUCAGCAGCAAAAAGAAUCCCACAUCAAGUGGUCUGUUUUCUCUGCUGCCCAGAAUCUUCCAGCGGUGCUGAAUGAUCCGAGCCGCGCGAAGCAGACGACCUUUUUCACCAAGAAGUGGGGUGACAGCUUUGUUGAGCAACAAUCGAUCGGAACAUCCCCGCAAUUACCUGACAUCAAAUGGGACCAUUUCGAUUUCUAUCUAAAACGAAUCGGAAAGCGAUAUCGAAUUCACACCCGUGUAGCGAAAACGGCACUUCCUAACGCUUCUAGUCAAUCCCAAGCAUACCAACAGCCUAUUGUGAGCGAUCAUUUACCCAACGGAGCAACCGCAAACCUGAAAGACAUUCCCGAGGUGUUCCUCAAGCAGAACCUCGAGCUGCACAGCCCCGCUUCUUUCGCGGCAGUUUUCCCCGGCAUUGGCAACGAUGGCGAGCAGGCAAAACAAUCGAGCCGGGUGCUGCAGGAAAAGCUAAGUCACUAUUUGGAUAUCGUAGAGGUGCUGAUAGCAAAACAGGUUGCCGAAAAGUCGUCUGCCUUUUUCCACGCGAUGACCUCGCAGGAUGCCAUCAUGGAGCAGAUGCGAGAGGCGGCAAUGCAUGUGUCCCGGUUGCGUACCCGGCUCAAGCAAAUCGAUGAUACGAUUGUACGUGAGUCGCUGCAAAUUAUGAGCCUGGAGAGAAUCAGAUCCAAUAACAAUAUCGUGUUGGAACGAUUGAAACUAAUGGCGACCGUGCAUCAGACCCAGCCGAUGAUACAGCUUCUGCUCAGCACACAGGAUUACGUAGCGGCGCUGGAUUUGAUCGGUACAACGCAGGAGAUAUUGAGCCAGGAAUUGAUAGGUGUGCACUGCUUCCGCCAUCUGCCGUCGCAGUUGAACGAAAUGGAGCGGUUGAUUGACAAAAUGUUGACAACAGAUUUCGAGCGAUAUUCCACUGCGGAUUUGAACCGACCGUUCGCACCCGAGGGUCAGCAAGAGAAGGUUCUGGAGGAGGACAAACUGAUCAGUAUCAUUUCAGGGCUUCUGAGGAAGCGCAACUUGGAUUUCAUUGACACGUACAAAGAGGAGGCGAUCACAACGGUGCGAGCGAUAGUCAAACAGAUGGUGAUUGAAGUGAUUGCCUCGAGUGACGCGGAAGUUUGUUUGACGGGUGCCGGCGAGGAAGCCCAAAGUUUGUCAUUCUCGGAAUGGAUAACGCUGCUGGAAACGGCAACGGUAACACUGCUCAAACUUUUGCGACGCGUAAGGUCCGUUCAUGAUGUAAUGCAACAAACCGCGGACGCCAGUGCCGGGAAGAUAACAGACGAUGUGAGUUUUAUCGAUACGGAAGCUUUUCUUAGCUCUGAGGAUUAUGAUAUAGUUCAAGCAAAGUUGACCAAUUUGCUGCAAAGUGUUUGUAAUUAUUGUCACGAGCGGUGCGCAAAUUUGGUGUCUAAUCAAAGUUUGGAGAAAAGCUCAGUCUGUGCCGAACAAAUAGCUACACUGGCUGACAUCGUUGAUCGUUUCAGCAAAGGAUGCGAGAGCGCUUGUGGAGUUCAGAGCGUACCGUUGAAUUUGGCCUUGCGAGUUCAAGGUUCUAGAUUCGCCCAGAAGUUCCAUUCGGAGCGGAAAGCGAAGAUGGCCCUGUUGCUGGACAGUGAACGAUGGAAACAAGCUGAAGUUCCAGCCGAGUUUCAGAAGAUGGUGGAAAGUAUUUCCAAGGGAAAUUUCCUUUGGAGUAAAGCAGUCGAAUCCAACGGUAUACCGGCUGUUGCCCCUCCACCGCAAACUGUUCUCAUAGUAGACGGCCAACCGUUCGCACUCGUCGCGGCAGCUUUGCUGCUAGUUCAGAUCGUCAGUGAGUACUGUCGCUGUGCCCAACAACUGCCUGUGAUUGCUCCACAACUGUCUCGUAACGUUGUUGAUUUGCUACGGGCCUUCAAUUCCCGCUCUUGUCAGCUGGUUCUCGGUGCAGGUGCUCUUCAUGUGGCCGGACUCAAAACCAUUACCAGCGGUAAUCUUGCCCUCGUAUCGCGGGCACUUCAACUAGUCUUGUGGUUGCUACCACACGUCAAACGUCAUUUUGUGGCUCUGGAAGCGAACGGAGCGACAUACGGGUCAAACAACAUCCUCAGUGGGUAUGACUCGAUCGAAAAAGAUUUCUCCUCACACAUCAAGGAAAUCGAAAACAAAGUAUUGGCGAUCGUGUGUGAUCUGGUUACAGGCCAGCUGGCCAACUGGGACGCACGACCGCCGGUUCCUUCACAAACAUUCCGCAACAUCAGCAGACAGUUCGUUAAGUUGCACGAGGCGAUAGCGCCAAUCUUGCCGGAGAAGCAGGUUGCCACCAUUUACCGGGUGGUGAACAAAAACUUCAAGGAUAAGCUGCGGGAACAGUUGCUCCGGAACAAUAUCACCAACAACGGUGGUCCCCAGCAUGGAACGGUGGUGUCGGAGUUAACGUUUUACAUGGAAACGUUACGGACGCUCAAAGCGAUGCCCGAAGAAGAGCUGCGCGAUGAAAGUUUGGAUGAUAUAUGGUUGAAAUGAGAUACGAGCGUUUUUUUUGGUUUAAGUGUACCUUUCCGAUUGAUUUCGUUGACAUUUUGCGUAAGUACCUCAAAGUAUCCGAAGGCAUGUUAUUGAACAUUUUCCUGUAUAUUGUAUAUGCGUUUUGCUCAUUGUGAUAAGCGCACGUGUUAUGUUGAUUUGUAUAUAUUUCUGUCGAAUUAAAAUUUUUUUAAUUUGUUGCGAAUGGAAUACUGUUCCAAAGUAUUCUAAAAUUUAAA